AUGGUUCGUGCCAUUCCAUUCUCCAAAAACUUCUCUCUGAUAUUAAAGAUCUCCAGGCUUCAAAGACUCCUUAAAAUCAACGAACAGACCGGCAUCGAAACUCGCUCUGUGGUCGACCUAUGGUCUGAUCCCCGAUGGCGUCGAACAAUCCCUCCCAAGGCAGAAGAAGUCGAUACCAUGUGGCGCCAAUACGGUGUCCAGCUCGCCAAGAAAGCUGCCCUGAAAGCCUUACUGGAUAGUGAGACCCAGGCGAGCGAUAUUACGCACCUUGUUGCAGUCACUGCUACCAACGCUGGAAGUCCCGGAUACGACCAGAUCGUCGCUCGCGAGCUAGGCAUACCAGCACAUGCGGAGAGGUUGUUGAUAAGUGGCGUUGGGUGUGCGGGUGGGUUAGCAGCUUUAAGGGUGGCUUCGAAUCUAGCCAGGGCGGCUACUAGCCAAGGUCGACCGGCUAGGAUUCUGGUAUUGGCUUGCGAGAUUUGCAGUAUCUUUAUCUGUUCGGAACUACAUGCAAUGUCGACGUCACAGGACAUGGGAAUUGCAGUGGCUCUUUUUGGAGAUGGCGCAGCGGCUCUUGUGGUUUGCAAUUCGGAGGGUAUGACCCGGGUACAUAAUGAGAAGAAUCUUCCGGGACGGUUCUCUAUUGUUGAUUCGCGGUCUGUUAUCACACCUGGUACUCAUAAUGAGAUGGAGGAUAAGGUUACCAGCACUGGAUUUCGGCUUGUUCUGUCGAAGAAUGUUCCCAAGUUGACUUCUGCCUCUCUUGCACGCCCAUUUGAGAGUCUAAUUGUGGAGAAUGGGAUGUCCGAUGCUUCGCCGACGGAUUUCGAUUGGGCAGUUCACCCGGGUGGGUUGUCUAUUAUCAAGGGGGCUCAGGCAGCGAUGGGACUUCCGGAUGAGCUGGUGGCGGCAAGUAAUGAGGUGUACAGGACUCGGGGUAACACAUCUAGUGUUGCUGUUUUGGCGGCUUUGGAUAAGUUAAGAACGAUGGAAAUGAAGAAGCAGCAUGUUGUGGCAUCCAGCUUUGGGCCAGGUCUUACAACAGAGAUGAUGUUAUUGAAAAGAUGGCAAUGA